AAAGUUUCCAGCUGGAGGCGGAACUCAAGGGGCGGUCACUGUUCCUGGUUGAACGCCGUUGAACGUACAUCCGGCGGAAAAACAGAAUACUGCGCUAGCAGCGUUAGCCUCUGUCUAUCGUGUUUUUUGCUGCUUGAGCUGCAUCUAUUAGUAUACUGGACUCUUGGGAAACAGGUGGAGAACCGAGUCCGGUCCGGAAGAACAAGGUGGUUUAAUUGCGGGCGGUUCCGAGAGCGAACGAAACCGAGAGGAGGAUCCAGGAUCUAGUUGGUGCCGCGGAGGAAGCAGAAGCUCUUAGAGACUCUACUGUUGACCCAAAGAUCCCAGAUGACCGGAGAUGAAUAAGGAGCAGGAGGAACCAGAACCACAGCAGAUGAGGGAGACAAAGAAGGAACCAGAAGCUCAACUCAGUGAGGAAGAAGAGGAUGAAGGGUUGCUUGUAGUGAAGCAGGAGAGCAGCAGGUCUCUGUUGAGCCCUGCUGACCUGGGAAUAGUCCAUAUGGAUCCGGAACCGGAGCAGACGAUGGAGAUGAAGGAGGAGCUGGAGGACAUCUGCUGCUAUCAGCAGGUUGUAGUGAAGGAGGAGACCGAAACCUUCAUGAUACCAGUCCAUGACACCAUGGACCCAGAACCAAACCAGAACCAGUUCUUUCCUGAAGCCCAAAACACAGUCAGAACCCAGACAGACCAGAACCCACCUGAGAGAUGUUGGACAUCCAGGAGUCCUGAGGACAACUCAAAGUCCAAGAGACGUAAGACAGAUGUGUCCUGUGACGUGUGUGGUAAAAGUUUCAGGCAGCACAGGUACUUGAUUGCUCACCUGAGGACUCACACAGGUGAGAAGCCUUUUUCAUGUCAGUCUUGUGGGAAAUGUUUCCUCAGGCAGCCGGACCUAACUCUGCACAUGAAAACCCACACUGGCGAGAAACCCUUCCAAUGUCCAGUGUGCGGUAAAGGCUUCAUCCAGAAAACCACCUUAAGUUACCACAUGAGAACGCACACAGGAGAGAGGCCGCACAGCUGUGGAUUUUGUGGUAAAUCCUUCAUACAGAGGAGUGAUUUGACCUGCCAUCUUAGAACUCACACAGGUGAGAAACCAUACCAGUGUGAGGUGUGUCAGAAAUCUUUUGGACACAGCAGUGACUUCACUCGCCACAGGCGGACGCACAUGGCUGAGAAACCUUUCUCAUGUGGGACCUGUGGGAGAGCCUUUAACAAGCAGUCUAAGCUGAGUCGUCACCUGAGAGUUCACACAGGCAGUAAGACAUAUUCCUGUGAGUCAUGUGAUAAAUCUUUCAGGCGGAGUUGUGACUUUGUGCGUCACCUGAGGACUCACACAGGAGAGAAACCAUUUAAUUGUGAAUUGUGUGACAAAUCUUUCAGACAAAAUGGUGACCUGACACGUCACAUGAGAACUCACACAGGUGAGAAGCCGUCUUCAUGUUCAGUGUGUGGUAAAAGCUUCAGUGAGUACAGCAGCAUGCUCAGACACAUGAGGACUCACACUGGGGAGAAACCGUACAUCUGCAAAGUGUGUGGGAAGCUUUUCCGUUUCGGCGGGCAUUUGACCGUUCACUUGAGAACCCACACAGGGGAGAAGCCGUGUUGCUGUAACGUGUGUGGUAAAUCAUUCAGUGACUGCAGCAGCAUGUCCAGACACAUGAGGACUCACACUGGGGAGAAGUCGUAUGCUUGUGAAGUGUGUGAUAAGUCUUUCAGGCAGAGGAACGAUUUGACUCGUCAUCAUAGAACUCACACAGGAGAGAAACCUUUCCAGUGUCUGGCUUGCGGUAAAGGUUUUGUCCAGAAAACAACCUUGCGGUAUCACAUGAUGACCCACACCGGAGAGAAGCCUUACCCCUGUCAGCUAUGCAGCAAAUCCUUCAGACAGAGAAAUGAUCUGACCCGUCACCUUAGAACCCACACAGGAGAGAAACCGUAUAGCUGUGCAUUAUGUGACAAGCCUUUCAGACAGAGUAAUGACUUGGCUCGUCACAUGAAGACUCACACAGGUGAGGAUCUAAACCGUGUGGUUGAUCAGUCAGAUUAAGGUGAACUGAUGUGUGAAGAACUGAACCUAAAGAUGAUCUGGAAAUUUCAAGAUAAACACUUUAUUAUUAUUAAAAGCUGAAAGUUGUUCAGUUUAGAAAAUACUAAGAAACACGGUGCUGCGUUGUUCAGUUAGAGCGCAGCAGCUGCAGUUGUUAGUGUAGUUCUCUGAGGUUCAUUUCCUGGUCUCUGUUUCUUCUCUCUCUUCCUGUUUCCUGUCCAACGAUGGUUCAGUAAAACCCACUAGAGUCAAAAUAUCUGUAAAUGAAUUGAAUUUAUGAACUUUCUCUUUCCACAACUGUCCUGAGAUUGUCUAAGUGCAGCAUUUAUAAUUAAACUGUUAUGGUGAAUAUUUUGACGCUAGAUUAAUUUUUCUCCUGCCAAAUACUGAAGGAAGACACUUAGUUUAAAAUCAUUGCAAUCUUUUAUAAAACUCCUCCAACAUCAAGACGCCGUGGCCCAGCAGUUCAGAGAUGAGUCUGAUCCUCUUUAAUGUCUCAGGAUGACAGUUUUUCUAACUGGUUAAGGUCAGGAAACCAGUGUGACCAGCAGCCAGUCUGGCCAGAGAGCGACUUCACUGGGCGGAGCUCCAUGUGUCUGAACUGGACCUCCUGAGGUUCAGGCUCUGUAACGUUUGAUGUUUUAUAUUGUGUCUUCACUUUAUUAAUCCAUGAAUUAAAUAAGUGAUUAUCAACAGAUAA